UGUAACUGUGGCUGGUGAUGUGGGACGCUCACCAGCGCCCUCAUUAAGCGCUCUCCACUAGACUAAUUACCAAGUAGGUCGCAGCAGCUAUUCCUAGGCUUGUUCAAGCACUUAUCAAGAUAAGAGUCCCAUCCAUACGUUCCUGGCCUGCAAUACAUGUGUUUUGGUCUCUGUUCUGUGUGAAAAUGGGAAAUUGUGCUUAUACCCGUUUCCCUCCAUCUUUUUCCUUUCUCGCUUUGCCCCUCGCUCCGUUGCAGAGAGACAUGAUUAAGGACCAAACUAAUGACGGAUCUGACUAACCACCCACGCGCGUGCCACCAAGAUUAUCUGUCUCCGUUGUCUGUUUACGUUUACAGCCGUUAGGUAGAACAAAUCGUCAACAUCCAUUCAUAAGACAUUAGCCAUCUCGACGCCUUGCCGUUGAAUAGCAAUCCUGACAUCAGGAAAACCAGAAUGAUGCCGUGAAGGUUAGUAGGUGUCAAUUACUCCCUGUAACUAACCGCAUUGUUUUUACAACAAAUUGAACAACCCCACACAGCGUUGGACUUGACUACCCCGCUGAUAUCAUAGACAAGUUGACAUGACAGGGGGGGGGGGGUUUUAGAGGGGCAAUGCACGUUUCGAAACAUGACGUCAUUAUCAGGUGGACAUGCACAAGCACCCGCGUCACGUCACAGGUAAUUAACAAGAAAUGGAGCUUCAGCUCAGCAACAGGAAAUCUGUAUCUUAUUCUUCGUCCUGGUUAUAGCUUGCAACCAUUAUUCCUCCCCAAGCAAGGAGCUGCAAGAAGAAGAAGAAAAACCCGUCAUGAAUAUCGAUAUACCGAAGCUGGUCAAGGCCGCUGUGCCGGAAUCAGAAGGACGCAACGCGCGCAUCGUCUCAGACAACAUGACCAGCUCCAACUACAGAGAUUCCAACUUCCUGUCCCAGGAUUUCCCUCGCGCGCGACCGAAGCUAUACGUAACCGCCGAAGAUGAGGACUUUGACCAAAUCACUCUAGGAGAAUGGCGCGACGAGAACUUCGAUGUCGAGUAUCUGCCAAUGGGAAGCAGCCCGGACAAGUACCGGAGCAAGAUCCGAUCGUUGAGCAAAAAGAAAAUGGGGCCCUGCGAGACUUUUGGCAUCGUCGCUUAUGGCGAUGCUGCGGCCGUCUGCCUGGAGCACUACCACGUCAUGGAUAAUAACCCAGAGUUCAAGCUCGGGUUGCUCAUUGCAUACUAUCCGACGGCCAUUCCAGACCCAAAAGGGCACUUCCCCAGCAGCAUCUCGACUCUCGUUCAUCUCGCCGCAGGGGAGGAGAUUGGCGUUACGAAGCAAACCCAGAUGGUAGGGAUACAGGGCAAACGGCGUACGACCCGCAAGAAGGUGGAAAGCGGCAUCGGCACGGGAGGAACAUUGCGGCUCGCGUACCCAACCUACACGUACGACGCCGUGCCCGGUUUCGCCGAGCAUGACCUGGAAGAAUACAGCAAAGUCCCCGCCGAGUUGGCGUGGAGCCGGAGCUUGAGCGCGGCGAGGAAGGCGUUCAACAACCACGUCGACUUGGAGCUUGUGUUGGAGGAAAAUGUACAGGGUAAAUUCUUCACUCGAAACUUGAACCAAACGAUGUCAACGUACACCACCCACAAGAGCCCGCACGUCACUCACAUGCCGACCCUGACGGGGGGUAUUGGAGCAUCGGAGCUCGAACGCUUCUACUCUCAGUUCUUCAGCAACCCCCCAUCACUGAAACUGACCCUCAUCUCUCGCACCAUCGGGGCCGACCGAGUCGUCGACGAGGUCCACGUUCGUUUCAAGCAUACCGAGGAGAUGCCGUGGAUCUUGCCCGGCGUCCCGGCAACGAACAAGCGAGUCGAGGUGCUCGUGGUCAGCAUCGUCGGAUUGAGAGGAGGCAAGCUUUACCACGAGCACGUGUAUUGGGACCAGGCCAGCGUUCUAGUGCAAAUUGGUUUGUUGGACCCGGAGCUGGUCCCAGAUGCGGCACGCAAGAACGGGGUGCAGCGGCUCCCAGUCGUCGGAAGAGAGGCGGCGAGACGAGUUCUGAAGGGGUGGGACCCGGACGAGGAGGGAGAAGCUGACAAUGAACUGAUAUCGGGUUGGGGCGAUGAGGAUGAGCAAGGAGGUGAGAGGGACGAAAACGAGGCAACCCCCCAAGACCGUGAACGACCCAAGAAGAAGAAAGACUCAAACAAGAAUGACUCUGACAAGAAAAACUCGGCCAAAAAAGACUCGGCCAAAAAAGACUCGAACAAAAAAGAAUCGGACAGGAAAGAAUCGGACGAGAAAGACUCGGACAACAAAGGUCUGCCCGAAAGGCCCAAGUCUUCGACCGAAAACUCUGGCGAUAAGUCAUGAUGACAGAGUCAAAAAGGGGACGGCUAGGCUUGUUGGGAAGAGGAGUGGGGUUAAUGACAGAAAUUAAUCUGUAAUUCUAUAAAACUAGUGCCUGUAUGUGAUGGCUGACAAUCGAUGUCUUCCUCGUGUGUCGAUAUCCUCUCGCGAUCUGGUCCGGUCAGACCUAGAAUGACAUUGCAUCGGCGCCUCAUGUGUGCUGGGGGUGCGAAAGAGCAUGACCAAGGAACGAGUCCGUUAAUUGGAACAACAGAAACCCCUGAAUGACAACAAGAAAGCAUCUAUGUCCUCACCGAAUUACAAUACGGCCUUUCUGCAAAUUCAAACCCAUUCGAACGCCUCGUUGUGCUCUCAGCCCACGUCCACGCCGAGUGAAAGCCGCGAGGAUUGAAUGCUCUUCUAUCAAAACCGAGCCGUCGGUCGCUUUUGUUUUUCUGUUCC